AUGGGGAAAGGCGGCCAAGGAUACCGACCGCCUGGCAGAACCGCUGAAGCCGCAAAGAAGAGGCGAAAGUCCGCGGAUCUUCAAGGAUUCUUCCUGCUGAAGGAAGCAUUCAAUCGAACCGGUUCAUUCUCUGCUCUGCUCUGGUUUUGGGUCGCUCGAUCAGGUACCGACACAUACGUGUACUUCUCUGCCUGCCAGUCCACUCAGAACAUCUGCCACUGUCGUCCAAGCCCAGGUCUCACUUGGGGUUGCAUUGACGACCACUUACUUUCUACUAGAGAAAGCAUCCAUCACCUCUCGGUGAGUCGCCCUCGUAUUGCAUUGACACAUCCUCGCUGCUCUGCCCAUGUUUCCCUGUCGCGUCUCAUCUUGUUUGGUCUUGUCUGGUUCUUGUUCUGGCCUCAUCUAUUCUGCCCGCGCACCAUCGGGAAACCCCUGCUGGGUCAGUCCAGGGAAUAA